CUCUCACGUCCCAACUCGGGAGGAGCGCCACCGGUCGGUUGAAAUAAUUCCCCCCGUUCUCGGCCAAAAUGGAGGAGCUUCCUCGCCUUUUAAAGGGAGCACAUAUCGCACGCGUGUUACAACCGUGAGAGCUGACCCCCGUUUCAAUGGAAAGGCGUUAAACUGCGGUGGCACUGAUCCGUAAAGACGCUUGGGAUUAACGUUUCUCGGGAUUUUUGUCCGUUCCGGUGCAGCGCGCAGUGAUGAGUGCGGGAGAGGCGCUGGAUGAGGCUGCGAAGGACGCGGCAGACAUAGCGGCGUUUUUCAAAUCCGAUUGCUCUCUUCCCAAAUGUGAUCCCAAACUGGACGGCCCGGCUCAAACUCCAGGGUUCCAUCGCAAUGAGGACAUGAAAGCGAUCGAUGUUCUCCCCAUCCUCAAGGAGAAAGUCGCCUUCCUCUCAGGGGGGAGGGACAGACGCGGCGGGCCCAUCCUCACCUUCCCCGCGCGGAGCAACCAUGACAGAAUGCGACCUGAGGACCUACGGAGGCUCAUAGCAUACCUGGCCACCAUCCCCAGCGAGGAUGUGGCGAGACAUGGCUUCACGGUCAUCGUGGACAUGCGCGGCUCCAAGUGGGACAGCAUCAAGCCCCUGCUGAAGAUCCUGCAGGAGUCCUUCCCCUCCUGUAUCCACGUCGCCCUCAUCAUCAAGCCCGACAACUUCUGGCAGAAGCAGAGGACCAACUUCGGCAGCUCCAAGUUUGAGUUUGAGACGGUGAUGGUGUCCUUAGAGGGCCUGAACAAGAUAGUGGACCCCUCCCAGCUGACAGCUGACUUUGAGGGCAGCCUGGAGUACAACCAUGAGGACUGGAUUGAGGUGCGGCUGUCCUUCGAGACGUUCGCGGGCGACGCGGCCCGCGCCCUGUCGCGCCUGGAGGAGCUCCAGGAGACCCUCUCCCAGCGGGACCUGCCCCGGGACCUGGAGGGGGCCCGCCGGCUGAUGGAGGACCACGCGGGGCUCAAGAAGCGGGCCACCAAAGCCUCCGUGGAGGAGCUGGACGCCCAGGGGAAGAGGCUGCUGCAGAGGCUGCAGACCCUCACCGCCAGUACCACUGCUGGCGGCGGCGGCGGUGUGGUCUGCGCCGGAGACGGUAGCUAUGGUAACCGAGGAGGCGGAGCGAGCGGCGACGCCAACGACUACCACCACCUCCUCCAGCAGCACCACCCGCCUCACCACGGCGGGGGGGUGGAGGUGUACCAGAGGCACGCCGACGCCCACCACCUGGCCGGCAGCGUGACGGGCGUGCUGGAGAAGCUGCACGGCACGCGGCAGCACCUGCAGCAGCUCUGGCACAUGAGGAAGCUGAAGCUGGACCAGUGCUUCCAGCUCCGUCUGUUUGAGCAGGACGCCGAGAAGAUGUUUGACUGGAUCAUGCACAACAAGGGCCUCUUCCUGACCAGCUACACGGAGAUCGGCAGGAACAACCAGCACGCCGUGGAGCUGCAGACACAGCACAACCACUUCGCCAUGAACUGCAUGAACGUGUAUGUGAACAUCAACCGCAUCAUGUCGGUGGGGAACCGGCUGCUGGAGUCUGGCCACUACGCCUCCCAGCAGAUCCAGCAGAUCUCGGGUCAGCUGGAGGCGGAGUGGAAGGCCUUCGCCGCGGCGCUGGACGAGCGCAGCACGCUGCUGGAGAUGUCCGCCAGCUUCCACCAGAAGGCCGACCAGUACAUGGGCAACGUGGAGCCGUGGUGUAAGGCCUGUGGCGAGGGCGAGCUGCCCUCAGAGCUGCAGGACCUGGAAGAUACCAUCCACCACCACCAGGGGCUGUAUGAGCACGUCACCACCGCAUACUCAGAGGUGAGCCAGGACGGGAAGUCCCUGCUGGACAAGCUCCAGCGCCCGCUGACCCCCGGCAGCACAGACUCCCUGACGGCGUCGGCCAACUACUCCAAGGCGGUGCACCACGUGCUGGACAUCAUCCACGAGGUGCUGCACCACCAGCGGCAGCUGGAGAACAUCUGGCAGCACCGCAAGGUGCGCCUGCACCAGCGCCUGCAGCUCUGCGUCUUCCAGCAGGACGUCCAGCAGGUGCUGGACUGGAUCGAGAACCACGGCGAGGCCUUCCUCAGCAAGCACACCGGGGUGGGCAAGUCCCUGCACCGUGCCCGCGCCCUGCAGAAGAGGCACGAGGACUUUGAGGAGGUCGCCCAGAACACCUACACCAACGCGGACAAGCUGCUGGAGGCGGCGGAGCAGCUGGCCCAGACGGGGGAGUGCGACCCGGAGGAGAUCUACCAGGCCGCCCACCAGCUGGAGGACCGCAUCCAGGACUUUGUGCGGCGCGUGGAGCAGCGCAAGGUGCUGCUGGACAUGUCCGUGGCCUUCCACACGCACGUCAAAGAGCUGUGGACGUGGUUGGAGGAGCUGCAGAAGGAGCUGCUGGACGACGUGUAUGCCGAGUCGGUGGAGGCGGUCCAGGAGCUGAUCAAGAGGUUCGGCCAGCAGCAGCAGACCACGCUGCAGGCCACGGUCAACGUCAUCAAGGAGGGGGAGGACCUCAUCCAGCAGCUCAGGGACUCGGCCAUCUCCAGCAACAAGACACCCCACAACAGCUCCAUGGCGCACAUCGAGAGCGUGCUGCAGCAGCUGGACGAGGCCCAGGCCCAGAUGGAGGAGCUCUUCCAGGAGAGGAAGAUCAAGCUGGAGCUCUUCCUCCAGCUGCGCAUCUUCGAGAGGGACGCCAUCGACGUGAUCUCGGACCUGGAGUCAUGGAACGAGGAGCUGUCCCAGCAGAUGGGCGAGUUUGACACAGAGGACCUGCCCCUGGCAGAGCAGCGUCUGCAGCACCACGCCGACAAGGCCCUCACCAUGAACAACCUCACCUUCGACGUCAUCCACCAGGGCCAGGAGCUGCUGCAGUAUGUCACCGAGGUGCAGGCGUCCGGCGUGGAGCUGCUGUGCGACCGCGACGUGGACAUGGCCACGCGGGUGCAGGACCUGCUCGAGUUCCUCCACGAGAAGCAGCAGGAGCUGGACCUGGCGGCGGAGCAGCAUCGCCGCCACCUGGAGCAGUGCGUCCAGCUGAGGCACCUGCAGGCCGAAGUCAAGCAGGUGCUGGGCUGGAUCCGGAACGGGGAGUCCAUGCUGAACGCCGGGCUGAUCACAGCCAGCUCCCUGCAGGAGGCGGAGCAGCUGCAGAAGGAGCACGAACAGUUUCAGCACGCCAUCGAGAAGACCCACCAGAGCGCCUUGCAGGUCCAGCAGAAGGCUGAGGCCCUACUGCAGGCCAACCACUACGACAUGGACACCAUCCGGGACUGUGCUGAGAAGGUGGCCGACCACUGGCAGCAGCUGAUGCUGAAGAUGGAGGACAGACUUAAGCUGGUCAACGCGUCGGUGGCCUUCUACAAGACCUCCGAGCAGGUGUGCAGCGUGCUGGAAAGCCUGGAGCAGGAGUACAAGAGGGAGGAGGACUGGUGCGGGGGCGCUGAUAAGCUGGGGCCCAACUGUGAGUCGGACCACGUCACGCCCAUGAUCAGCAAGCACCAGGAGCAGAAGGAGGCCUUCCUCAAGGCCUGUACACUGGCCAGGCGCAACGCAGACGUCUUCCUGAAGUACCUGCACCGGAACAGCGUCAACAUGCCCGGCAUGCUGUCCCACGUCAAGGCCCCCGAGACCCAGGUCAAGAACAUCCUCAAUGAGCUGCUUCAGAGGGAGAACAGGGUGCUCCACUUCUGGACCAUGAGGAAGAGGAGGCUGGACCAGUGUCAGCAGUACGUGGUGUUUGAGCGCAGCGCCAAACAGGCACUGGAGUGGAUCCACGACACGGGAGACUUCUACCUGUCCACACACACCUCCACGGGCUCCAGCAUCCACCACACCCAGGAGCUGCUCAAAGAGCACGAGGACUUCCAGAUCACCGCCAAGCAAACCAAAGAGCGCGUGAAGCUGUUGAUCCAGCUGGCCGACGGCUUCUGCGACAAGGGCCACGCCCACGCGGUGGAGAUCAAGAAAUGGGUGGCGUCCGUCGAUAAGCGCUACCGGGACUUCUCCAUGCGCAUGGACAAGUACCGGGGCUGUUUGGAGUCAGCUCUCGGCAUCUCCUCAGACUCCAACAAGGCUAGUAAAGACCUCCAGCUGGACAUCAUUCCCGCCAGCGCCCCGGGGUCAGAGGUCAAACUAAGGGACGCUGCCCACGACCUCAACGAGGAGAAGAGGAAGUCCGCCCGCAGGAAAGAGUUCAUCAUGGCAGAGCUUAUCCAAACAGAGAAGACCUACGUCAGAGACCUACGGGAGUGCAUGGAUACGUACCUGUGGGAGAUGACCAGUGGUGUAGAGGAGAUCCCACCAGGGAUUAUCAACAAGGAGCACAUCAUCUUCGGCAACAUGCAGGACCUCUACGAAUUCCACCACAAUAUCUUCCUCAAGGAGUUGGAGAAAUAUGAGCAGCUUCCAGAAGAUGUGGGCCAUUGCUUCGUCACCUGGGCGGACAAGUUCCAGAUGUACGUCAACUACUGUAAGAACAAGCCCGACUCCACCCAGCUCAUCCUGGAACACGCAGGGCCCUAUUUUGACGAGAUCCAGCAGAGGCACAGACUCGCAAACUCCAUCUCGUCUUACCUCAUCAAACCAGUGCAGAGGAUCACCAAGUACCAGCUGCUGCUCAAGGAGCUCUUGACCUGCUGCGAGGAGGGGAAGGGGGAGAUCAAGGACGGCCUGGAGGUGAUGCUCAGCGUCCCCAAGAGAGCCAACGACGCCAUGCACCUCUCCAUGCUGGACGGCUUCGACGGGAACAUCGACUCCCAGGGAGAGCUGAUCCUGCAGGAGUCCUUCCAGGUGUGGGACCCCAAGACCCUGAUCCGCAAAGGCCGCGAGCGCCACCUCUUCCUGUUCGAGAUGUCCCUGGUCUUCAGCAAGGAGGUCAAGGACUCCAACGGACACAGCAAAUACCUCUACAAGAGCAAGAUGUUUACUUCCGAGCUGGGAGUGACAGAGCACGUGGAGGGGGACCCCUGCAAGUUCGCUCUCUGGGUGGGAAGGACCCCCACCUCCGACAACAAGAUCGUGCUCAAGGCUUCCAGCAUCGAGAACAAGCAGGACUGGAUCAAACACAUCCGGGAGGUGAUCCAGGAGCGAACCAUCCACCUGCGGGGGGCGCUGAAGGAGCCCAUCCACAUGCCCAAGGCCACCACGACCAAACACAAAGGCAGACGGGAUGGAGAGGAUCUGGACAGCCAGGGCGACGCCAGCAGCCAGCCAGACACCAUCUCCAUCGCCUCGCGCACCUCCCAGAACACCCUGGACAGCGACAAGCUGUCGGGCGGCUGCGAGCUCACCGUGGUCAUCCACGACUUCCUGGCGGGCCACGGCGGCCACGGGGCCCACGGGGCCCACGGGGGCCACAGCGGCGGGCUGGAGCUGACGGUGCGGCGCGGCCAGACGGUGGAGGUGCUGGAGCGCUGCCACGACAAGCCCGACUGGUGCCUGGUGCGGACCACCGACCGCUCGCCCGCCCUGGAGGGCCUGGUGCCCUGCGCCAUGCUCUGCAUCGCCCACUCCCGCUCCUCCAUGGAGAUGGAGGGCAUCUUCAACCACAAAGACACGCUGUCCGUCUCCAGCAACGACGCGCUGCAGCCGGGCUCCAGCCACACCCUGGGGCCCCACAUCUCCCCGGGGCCCAAGCGUCCGGGCAACACGCUGCGCAAGUGGCUGACCAGCCCCGUGCGGCGCCUGAGCUCGGGCAAGGCCGACGGCCACGUCAAGAAGCUGGCCAACAAGCACAAGAAGAACCGCGGCGAGGUGGUCCGCAAGACGGCCGCCGACCUGCCGCUGGGCUCCCACAAGGACCCCGACGACACGGCCGCCACGCCCCAGGACGAGACCCUGGAGGAGCGCAUGCGCAACGAGGGCCUGAGCAGCGGCACGCUGUCCAAGUCGUCGUCGUCGGGCAUGCAGAGCUGCGGGGAGGAGGAGGGCGAGGAGGGGCCUGACGCCGUGCCUCUACCGCCCCCUAUGGCCAUCCAGGUGCACAGCCUGCUGCAGCCAGACUCCCAGGACGACAAGCCGGCAAUUGGCUCCCCGAUUGACACUCCUCUUAGGGUGGCCCCGCCCACCCAGUCCUCACCUGGAGGUGUGGAGGUCCAAGGCCCCAACCCCUCUACGGCAUCUCGACUGUCCAGUCGUCCCAGUAGCUCGGAGACUCCCAGUGCCGCUGAACUGGUCAGCGCCAUCGAGGAGUUGGUGAAGAGCAAGAUGUCUCUGGAGGACCGUCCCAGCUCUCUGUCGGUGGAGCAGGGCGACAGCAGCUCCCCCUCUCUCAUCCCCUCAGACAACUCCCUCCUCUCGUCGUCCUCCCCCAUCGACGAGUUGGACGACAGGAAGUCCGGCUUCCUCAAGAGGAGACAUUAUGUGAUGCUGGAGCUGGUGGAAACCGAAAGAGAUUACGUCAGGGACCUUGGCUCUGUGGUGGAGGGCUACAUGAGCAGGAUGAAGGAGGAGGGCGUUCCUGACGACAUGCGAGGAAAGGACAAGAUUGUGUUCGGGAACAUCCAUCAGAUCUACGACUGGCACAAAGAUUUCUUCCUGGCUGAGCUUGAAAAGUGCCUGGAGGAUCCCGAGAGGCUGGCUUCUCUGUUUGUCAAACAGGAGAGGAGACUGCACAUGUACAUAGUGUACUGCCAAAACAAGCCCAAAUCCGAACACAUCGUCUCGGAGUACAUCGACAAUUACUUUGAGGACCUCAAGCAGAGGUUGGGUCACAGACUACAGCUCACUGACCUGUUGAUCAAACCUGUGCAGCGCAUCAUGAAGUACCAGCUCCUGCUGAAGGAUCUUCUCAAGGUCUCCAAGAAGUCCGGUGCAGACUCGCUGGAGCUUGAGAAAGCCGUGGAGGUGAUGUGUGUGGUGCCCAAGCGCUGCAACGACAUGAUGAAUGUCGGCCGCCUCCAGGGAUUUGAAGGUAAGAUCGUGGCCCAGGGCAGGCUACUACUGCAGGACACCUUCAUGGUGUCGGACCAGGACGGAGGCCUCCUCUCCAGGAUGAAGGAGAGGAGGGUCUUCCUCUUUGAGCAGAUCGUCAUCUUCAGCGAGCCCCUGGACAAGAAAAAGGGCUACACGACUCUGGGCUACCUCUUCAAGAACAGCGUCAAGGUGAGCUGGCUGGGUCUAGAGGAGAACCCAGAUGACCCCUGUAAGUUCACCCUGACGUCCCGGUCCACCAGCGGGGGGCAGGAGCGCUACACCCUGCACUCCCCCAGCUCCGCCGUCAGCCAGCUCUGGGUCCACCAGGUCAGCCAGAUCCUGGAGAACCAGCGCAACUUCCUCAACGCGUUGACCUCUCCCAUCGAGUACCAGAGGAACCACGUGGGGGGCGGCGGGGCCGGGGGCCCCCCCAGCAGCAGUAGCAGCGGUGGGGGCAGUGCCGGGGGUCUGGCCGGGGGCAGCAGCUCCAGCAACCCCUCCUCCCGCCUCCCGCAGCCCGUCCACCACCACCACCCCCCGGGCCCCGACGGGCCCGACCCAUCAGCAGGUACGUGGUCGUCUCCCUGCCGCACCCCCCCCACACCCCCCCUGACCCCCCGGGGCUCCCUCCUCCCGCCCAACCCCUACCCCUACCUGGACGCCGAUGUCGUGGGGGAGGCUCUUGAGUCGGGGGGGCCCGAGGUGCCCCGGAUGCGGGUGCUGGACGGGCCCCUGGGUAGCGGCGGCGGCGGCGGCGGUAGCAUCGGCGGAGGCAGCAGCAGCGGCAGCAGUGGAGGCAGCAGCGGCAGCAUCGCUAACAACGCUAACACCGCUAACGGCUUGUGUGGGAGCGCGGAGGGCAGCCCCGGGCACCGGGGCCCCCGGGGGCCCUCAGGGGAGGGCCAGAGACAUACCGCCGCGGGGAUCCCGCAGAUGGCAGUGGCCCCCUUGAUCACGCUGCCCCUCAAGACCCCCCGGGUCGCCACGGUUACGCCGUUAGCCCCGCCGCAGUCUCCCAGUGGAGGAGGAGGAGGAGGAGGGUUCAACAAGGACGCCGGCGUCGUGCCCGCCAGCCCGGCUCACAAGGGCGGGACGUUCUGGGCCGGGGUCCCGGCGGUACCGGCCUCCCCCGCCGGCCGGUCGGGGGCCUUCCCCUUCCCCGCGGUCGGCGACGGGGCGGGGUCGCCCUGCGGGGGCGGCGGCGGCGGCGGCGACUCUCUGGGCCGCGGCACACCCUCCCAGCAGCACCGGCCCCGCUGCCACUCGGGUCACAGUAAGGACCAGGACCGCAUGAGCACCUGCUCCUCCACCAGCGAGCAGUCCAUACACUCCACCCAGAGCAACGGGAGUGAAAGCAGCAGCAGCAGCAGCAGCACGGUGUCCACCAUGCUGGUGACCCAGGACUACGGGGCCGUGAAGGAGGACGAGGUGAGCGUGCUGCAGGGCGAGGUGGUGCAGAUGCUGGCCAGCAACCAGCAGAACAUGUACCUGGUGUACCGGGCCGCCACGCAGCACUGCCCGGCCGCCGAGGGCUGGAUCCCCGGCCACGUGCUGGGCCACACCUCGGCCUCCGUCACGCCCGACCUCCCGGAGGGCACCAUCAAAAAAUCAUUAUCAUGGCACACAGCACUUCGUAUCCGACGUAAAUCUGAGAAGAGGGACAAGGAGGGCAGGAAGGAGACCAAGAUGGAGAACGGCUUCCGCAAAUCCCAGGACGGCCUGGCAAACAAAGUCUCUGUCAAGCUUCUAAACCCCAACUACAUAAAUAAUGCACCCCCUGAGUUCCUGGUGCCCGUGGCCGACGUGGCGUGCGACCGAGGGGACAACGUCACCCUGCGCUGCAAAGUGUGCGGCCGGCCUCGGGCCACCGUGUCCUGGCACGGCCCCGACAACAGCGCCCUCGGCAACAGCAGCCGCUUCAGCGUCAGCUACAGCGAGACCGGGGAGGCGGUGCUGAACAUCCUGGGCGCCUCGGUGGAGGAUGUGGGCGUGUACACCUGCAUCGCCACCAACGUCUCGGGCUCCGUCACCUCCUCCGCCAGCCUCAGGGUCUUAGGGGCCUCUGACGACAGGAGUGAAUUCGUCUGGAAGAGCAGCUUUGAGUCCUACUACACCGAGACCAGUGAGCUGGGAAGGGGCCGUUUCUCGGUGGCCAAGCGGUGCGAGCAGCGGGGGAGCAAGCGCUCGGUGGUGGCCAAGCACGUAAACAAGCGUCUGCUGCGGCGAGAGCAGGUGCUGCGGGAGGUUCGGCUGCUGCAAUCGCUGGACCACCCCAACCUGGUGGGGCUGUUGGACACCUACCAGACGGCCACCAGCUACGUGCUCGUCCUGGAGAUGGCGGAGCAGGGCCGGCUGCUGGACUACAUCGUGAGCUGGGGCAGCCUGACGGAGGAGAAGGUGGCCUUCUACCUGCGGGACGUCCUGGAGGCCCUGCACUACCUCCACAGCUGGAGGAUAGCACACCUGGACGUCAAGCCAGAGAACCUGCUGGUGGAGCACGUCUCCUCCCAGCCCACGGUGAAGCUCACGGACUUUGGCGACGCGGUCCAGCUGGAGCCGCCCUCCUCCUACGUCCACCCGCUCCUCGGCAGCCCGGAGUUCGCCGCUCCGGAGCUGGUACUGGGUCAGCCCGCCUCCGUCAUGGCCGACAUGUGGAGCUUGGGAGUGGUGACCUACGUGGUGCUGAGCGGGGCGUCGCCCUUCCUGGACGACAGCGUGGAGGAGACGUGUCUGAACGCGUGCCGGCUGGACUUCAGCUUCCCACACGACUACUUCCAGGGCGUGAGCGCCGCCGCCCGCGACUUCGUGUGCGCGCUGCUCCGGAGCGAGCCGGACGCCAGGCCCGGCGCCGCCGCCUGCCUGCGGACACCGUGGCUACAGCCCCGCGGCGGCCCGCGUGCUGGAGGACCCCCGACCCCGGCGCCCCACGCCGCCCCCCCCCCGGUGGGGGACGUCCACCUGGACACCUCCCGCCUCAUCUCCUUCAUCGAGCGCCGGAAGCACCAGACGGACGUGCGGCCCGUCGCCGCCACGCAGCACUUCCUCCACAGCCGCCUCCUCGACCACGCCUGAUUGGCCGCGGCCCGGUUGUGACCGCACGACACCCCCCCCCCCCCCCCCCCGG